AUGGCCAGAAAAAGAGAACUUUCAUCUGAAACUCGACAGUCUAUUCUUGUUCUUAGAAAUGAAGGCAAUUCCAUGCGAGAAAUUGCUAAGAAAUUGAAGAUUUCCUACACCGGUGUAUACUACUCCCUUCAGAGGACAGCACAAACAGGCUCUAACCAGAGUAGAAAAAGAAGUGGGAGGCCGCGUUGCACAACUGAGCAAGAAGAUAAGUACAUUAGAGUCUCUAGUUUGAGAAACAGACACCUCACAGGUCCCCAACUGACAUCUUCAUUAAAUAGUACCCGCAAAACACCAGUGUCAACAUCUACAGUGAAGAGGCGGCUGCGGGAUUCUGGGCUUCAGGGCAGAGUGGCAAAGAAAAAGCCAUGCAGAACAAAUGAAAAGAUGCUGGAAGAAUGCCUGACGCCAUCUGUUAAGCAUGGUGGAGGUAAUGUGAUGGUCUGGGGUUGCUUUGGUGCUGGUAAGGUGGGAGAUUUGUACAGGGUAAAAGGGAUUCUGAAUAAGGAAGGCUAUCACUCCAUUUUGCAACGCCAUGCCAUACCCAGUGGACAGCGCUUGAUUGGAGCCAAUUUCAUCCUACAACAGGACAAUGACCCUAAACACACCUCCAAAUUGUGCAAGAACUAUUUAGAGCAGAAGGCCUGUGACUGGGGAAUCACUCAUAAAGCCACGGCAAAGCAGGACUACACCAAGAUAACCGGUCUGGUCGUCCAGGAGAGGGGGGUCUUCCUGUCGAACAGUGGCCUGUUGGGUGCAUCUCCAGAUGGGACAGUGUCUGACGAGUGCAUUAUUGAGGUCAAAUGUCCCUGGUCAGUGAAAAACCUGACAGUCCGACAGGCAGCAGCAGAGAAAGGGGACUUCUUUCUGCAGCUGGAUGGAGAGUCUGGUUCCCUGACACUACGGCCAACACAUCCAUACUGGCAUCAGAUCCAGGGCAACCUACAGCUGACUGGAGCCAGCACUUGCCACCUGGUUGUAUGGACCCUUUCUGAUCUCGUCAUCCUGCCAGUGCUGAAAGACCCAACAUGGGCACGUAACAUAGAUGUUCUGGAAACAUUUUACAAGGAUAUUUUCCUACCAAAAAUUCUGUAG